AUGGCCGAGAGAGAUGCCCAAGGAGUCUUUCAUGAGGAACGCGAUGGUGUUGAAGUCCCCUUCCCUGGUACUAAGCUUAGAGAUCUUAUGGUCAAGCCGCCCACCAUGCCCCUGGAGUCUUUGAAAAGAAAAGCCGAUGGCCAACCAGACGGUCAGCCAGCUUCGAAGCUCCUUCAAACCGCCAAGGACGAAGAUGCCAUGCGUCAGUUGCCACGCCACACGGCUGGCCUUUUGGGUGCAGCUGAAGCGCUCGAAGAUACUGUCGCCACUCCACCAGAUUCCGCCUCCAAUGCUGCCACGCCGCUGCCCGAGCCUGCCGGAGACAUUGCUGAGGUGCGCGGGCAGCGCCGAACUUCCGCCGAGCCCAACCCCGCCGACGGACCCGAACUGCCCCUUCCGCGCGGAGCUCUCGACCCGGAUGAGUACGGCGUUCGCCUCAUUGUACGCCGCAAUAACAAGGCUGAGAACCCCAAUAACCGCAUCAUGGUACCAAACCUUUUUGAGUGGGACGAUCUCGAUAUUGGUUUCCGCGAUUCGACCAACUCUGCUGAGAAGGGCGCCACCAAAGCUCGUCGCGGCAAAUAUUGGCAGAAGCCCAACUCCAACUACAUGUUCAUCGACCGUCGUGUGGGAAUUUGGGAUUCCACUGAGGCUGCUGGCGAGCUUCCUGAAGCCGAGGUGAAGAAACACAAUCUUCACCCAAAGUACGGCAUCUUUUUGCCCUCCUCCACCAAUCUCCAAGAGUCGCCCAAACCUGUCGUCGACCCAUGGAAACCGGUCGUGCUGGUUCCCCCAAAUGGGGAGCUUAUCCACGCGUCUCGGACCAUCCCAGCUGCGAAAGCCGACCGAGCCUUCAGCAAGCUCGAGGCAAAGCUGGAAGGGAAGAAAAAGUUCUCGGCCUUGCUCAGUCAUAUUUGUGAGCAAGAAGGAGUUGAGGAGGAGGAGAUCACUCCGUCAGCGGAGGAGAUUGAAGGGUUGCGGCGAGAGGAGCUGGCGGCGAGGGGCAUGGACCCCAACACGGUGUACCAGCCCUCGCCGGCGCCACCCACUCCCGCGCCCGAGCCCGAGCCCGAGUCCACGCUGGAGCAGGCGGCUGGCUUUGGCCAGUUCGCCGAUGACAUGCUCCGUGCUGCGGCGGUUCUGGAGGACGACGAGGCGCGAGACCUCGCGCGCGAGCGUGAGGAAGAAGCUGCUCGAACGGUGAAGAGCGCCGCUUCCAAACCGUACGACGCGGUGCGGGACGCGCUCGGGUUCGACAACUCCUCGGUCCCGGAGGAUACCACUGGCCUGGAUGUUCUCGCACACAUUGCGAUCCGAGAACAUGAGGCAACGGCUCACAUCGACCCUCGGAUUUACAAUCCGAUGCAGGUCGAUGGUCUGGCACGCGACCAUCGCCAGUAUGGUUCGCACGUUGACUACCAGCCCAGUGAGUAUCCUCCGCCGCCCGAGGAGUACCAUGGUCCACCGAUGUCUGAGGGCUACCAUGGGCUGAGUAUGCCCGGUCACUAUGCCAGUGAGCCGGCCAGAGGAGAUUUUCUCCGUACGGCACUGAAUCCCCAGUCGCCGGUAUACCCUCCACCACCUGCCCCGCCACAAGACUACCCGGCUAGCCAACUUUCUGGCGGUAGGACACCGUUUGCACCCCAAGGGCAAGGUGUAGGCUUACCAGCCUUACGUCCUAUGCGCAGCCUAUUGAACGACAGCCCGCCCCCUCCUGAGCAGCAUAGUCCAGUUCCUCAACACGGUAGCAUGGUGAUGACGAACAGCGGCGCCUUUUACCCAGUCGGGCCUAGUCGUCCUUUUCAUAACGGCUAUUCCGUACCGGAGCCUCAGCACCAUCUACAGCCUCUGAUGCCCGCUCCUGGUCCUGGACCUCUCCAGGCACCACCCAUGGCUGGCCCGCCUGGCACGCAACAGCUCGCACCUCGCCCUCCUAGCCCCUCGACUGCAUAUCCAGUCUCGCCACCCUAUCAUACACCGAUCGCACCAGCUCCGGCGCCGGGUGUUCAUGCCCCUAUUCUUCCCGCUGCUACUCAACCUCCCAUGCAGUCAUCUCACUCUCGACCUGGAAGCUCCUCUGCCUCGGCCCCUCCCCCUGCUUCCGCUGCCGGUUCAGCAGCGUCGUCUAAAUACCGCAAGCUAGAACCUGCGCCGACGCCACCUCAUCGUAUGACCUACUCGGCCAACGGGCAAGAGCUGCGUACUGUACAGUUCGACUAUCGUGAGGCUAUCAAGGACUAUUCUGCUGUAGAAGCUCCCCCUAGAAGUGGUCCAACACAGAUUCGUGGAUGGACUCACCAAAACAUCCGCAAGGGCCCCAAGCCGAGCUCCUCCCGCGGCGAUGCCAACGCUAACCCGCCAAACGCUGACGAAUCCGCCUAG